CAAAAACCGCGAGCUUUCACCAUUAGAGGCGCGGCUCGGAUCAAUCAGGCGGCGGUUGAAAGACCCUCUUGGGAGAAGGAGGACUAGUCUAGAGGGAAGGGCGUUUCCGACUCAAUUACGAGGACACACAGCUACCAUGCCCCGACAGAGGCGUCGACAAAAUGAAAACAGGAGAGAUGAGGGAACAAGUGAAACCGAAGAAAACUACUUGGAUGUUUCAAACAAUAGCAGCAGCAAUGGAGUCGGUGCUGGGGAAGUCGGCGAACGCGGGGAUGGCAAUGGCAAUGACCGCGCAAGUAAUAAGAUCAACGGCGGAAGAUCUCGUCAAAGCAGAGACACCUCGCAACGCGAAUACCAACUUGAUCUUGGCCCGUGGACCCAGGCGGUCCACGAGACUGUUGAAAGUAUGGGAGCUGCCCACCAAGCAAUCAAGGACCUACAGGACAAGUUCAUAUUCCAUAUAGGUGAUCUUCAUAUGGUGGCUGAAACGAGCAAGAGGCUCAACCAGCUGGAGGACGAGUGCAGAGAGAAAGAUGACGAGCUAACGAGGCAAGAGAAUACGAUUACUACGUUGACACGCUUUGACCAGAGAACGAAGGACGACCUUGAGCGCAAACGGGUAAAGAUUGAGGAAGAAAAAAAUGAGCUGGAUCAAGAGAAAGGAAAAUUGGAAAAAAGAGUCUCUAUGGCAACGGCAGAAGAAAGGCACAAAUUGACCCGUGAGGCUGAGACGCUUAGAGCACAACACACCGAGGAGUAUGAACAGCGCGUGAAGGAGCUAGAAGCUGAGUUCGCUCGAAAAAAAGCUGAGAAUGACAGGAGAGUUACUGCGCUAGAGGCUGAGAAAGGACAACUUUCUACGACAGUGGAAAAGCAGAAGAAGACAGCCGAGAACCAAGGGAAGAAGCUAAAGAAAAUCACUGAGCAAUGCGAUGUGUUGGAGAGAGCAAAAGAUUCGGUUAAGAGAGACAAGCAGGCCCUGGAAGAGGAGCUUGAAAUGAUGAAAAAGGAGUUCGCAUUAACCCCUAAAUCAGACGAUUACUUCAAGCAGAGAUUCGCGGAAAUAUAUAGCCGGAUCGAAGGAAUUUCUUUGAGAUACUUCAAUGACAUAGACGGAAAAGACCUGGAAAAGGUACAUGAAAAACUGGUUAAAGCAGAUCCCUGCUUUGGCUCCGUCCCGAUUGAUGACUCCGACGAUUCAAGUGACCUCCGAACUGCCCAUGCUCAGCGUAUUAUCUCUGAUGCCCUGUGUCAACAUAUCUGGAAACCCCUCAGCUCCGAGUUCACACAAUCGCACCCGAAAUUGGACGUUCUCCUCAGCAAGAUAUCGGAUGGGUUGGACAAAUCUAGCCACAGCGGACGCGUAGUAAAUGUCUGGACCGCUCUCACGAUGCGAGCUCUUCAAUCUUUACCGGCCGAGGCUUCGGAACUCAGGGAAUCUCCCUCCACUACUCGUUCCAGAGCCGAGGGUGUCGUCUCCAAGGUUCUUUCCGUCCUCUCCCCGCUCGUCAGUUCGUCCCAAAAUGAGGAACUUCGAAUGAGCCUCCUUGGGCUUGCGAAUUCGGCCAUCGACAUUUGGAACGAUUCUCAGACUGGAGAGUUACAAAUCAUUGUCAGUCCUUUGUUAGAACGCGCACGUCGCGAAGAGUGGCGGUCCCAGAAGUUUGACCCAGCAUCGCCAUUAGGCGACUACGAUGAAACGAUGUCUAGAACCCAUCCUCGAAUCUUCACUCUCUUUCCACGGGUCGUAGCUCGCGGAGUAGCAGGCCUGCCUGGCAGAGGGUUGCGAGAGUCUGAUCAGGUGCCUCGUACGAUAGAGACGGAUAUCCAUCCUGGGAGGGGACUACCUGAGUGUUCGCCAUUGGUGGUGCGAGGAAAGGAGGAGCAGGAGGAAAGAACUGACUAUCUCUCAAAAGUGAUUGAGGAUGCGAAGAAGAAAUUGCACAGUACUAGGGGUAUGUCGGGGUUCAGGAGAGACUCAAUGGCAAGUUCAAUAUCGGAACCACUGAGUCCGACGGUCAUGAAGCUCUGAGAGAAAUAGGUUAUUCGGUCAACUCCGAGUGAAAGAGAUAUUGUGGCGUGGCGGUGGUCACGCCGUCGAGGAGAACCCGCUGGAAACCCUAGGAGAGAACAUUGAUUAUUUAGGGGCUUGUUGCAGAAAUGCCAGGAAAUUGAAAUGAUAGAACGGUGUUGGAGUCGACAAUAAAUGAAGGGGCGGCUAGUGGAUAUUCGGAGGAAAUCGUUGUGAAAGUGUAAUUUGGGGUUUGGCCCGUUCCUGUCGGCGGUCGCUGCCUCGAAGCAGUCUACCAGAGUCAAUAUAUUCAGUUUAGUAUCAAAUAGCCUUACAUACUUUCUCAAAU